GUUACAAUUUACAUGACUUGCAUCGUUUUGUCUCGUUUCGUUUCCCCGUUUUACAUUCAGUACUAGUCGUGGCACCACGGCUUCGCGAAGCUCCAACAAUGGCGAACGAAGAGGAGAGAAUUCUGGAAACUCAAUUAGAGCUUCAAUUACACGAACAAAAGGAAUCCUUUUCUGCUAUUCAACAAGCUUUAAUCUCCGAUCCCCAAAAUUCCGAGCUUCUCAGUGUCCAAGAAGAGCUUGUUUCUGCUAUCAAAGAUGCAGAGGAAGGACUUUUUCACCUAAAACGUGCGCGGUUGCUACGUGAAAUUGAUUCAGCUGUGCAGGGCUCUAUAGGUUCCCAUAUAGACACUGAGGUUGAGCAUAUUAAUCCAACAGAGCUGGAUGGUUCCAAAUUAUUAAUACAAGAUGCAGAGGUAGAACCUCUAGAUCCUACUAAUGCUGAAGUAGAAACAUUGGAGGAGCAAAGUCACUUUGUUGGAUUGAAAUGUAGAUUCCGCCACACUGAUGGGCGUCGGUAUAAUGGUGAGAUUGUUGAGUUGGAUGGUUCUUCUGCCAGAGUUUCUUUCCUCACUCCAACAUCAGAGAAAAUGAUGAUAUGCAAGUUCUUCGUUCAACAACGGUGUCGAUUUGGUGCUAACUGCCGGUUAUCGCAUGGAACUCUUGUGUCGCUGUCUUCCCUGAAGAAGUAUGUGUCUCCAUGCUGGGGGCAGCCCUUUGUAGGAACUAGCAUAUGGGCAGUUUCAAGGGGUGGAGCUAGAAUAUGGAGAGAGGCUGAACUUCAAUCAUGGGAUGACAAACUCAAUCAAGGCCAGGUUGUAUUUCGUGAUGAUGGAAGCUCAGAGAAGCUGGGGAUUGAAGCAAUGGCAAUAUCACAGUAUGCUGAUGACAGCAAUGACGAAGAAGAGAGAGAGAGUGAUUAUUCAAGUUCUGAGAACUCGGGUUCAAGCGAUUAUGAGAACGAUGGUCUUCCCCAGGGUUUGGGCUUUGUCAAGAGCACUGCCUUGCAGAAGGGGAUCCAGACAGACACUGCCAUCUUUGCCGAGUGGGAGAAUCACACUCGGGGUAUGGCUUCCAAGAUGAUGGCUAAUAUGGGUUAUCGUGAAGGCAUGGGUCUCGGAGUGGAAGGCCAGGGUAUCGUGAACCCUAUACUUGUGAAAGUCCUGCCACCAAAGCAAUCACUCGAUCAUGCCCUGCAGUCUGUGAACAAAGAAGAGAAAGAUAGGAGUUCAGAAAAGAUAAAAAAACGAAGCCGGGGUGGGAAGAGGAAACGAGAAAAGAAAUUCGCAGAAGCACUUCGAGCUGCAAAACAACAAGAGGAACAGACCCCUGAUGUUUUCAGCCUUAUCAACAGUCACCUUGCAACACAUGCACUAAUGAUUAACAAGGAUAGUUCAGUAAAGAAGGAGAAGGGGAAAGAGGCUAAGAAAGAAGAUAGAAGAUCAAUCAUUGCUUAUGAAGAGGAGAUAAAGGAGUUGAGGGUUCGAGUGGAGAAGUUGGAGGAGAUGGUUAACCGUAACAGGAAGGAGAAGGCAGUUUAUGAGGCAGCAAUGAGGAAGUUGGUGGAGACACGGAAAGCUUUAUCGAAUGCUGAGGCGAACCAUGCAUCGGCUUCACAUGCAGUUGUUAGCAAGGAAAAGGAAAAGAAAUGGCUUAGGUUUUAGCAUUGCUCUCUGGUUAGUCAAAGCUUUUAGGCUAGUGUUAAUGUAUUGUAAUCAGGUCACAUUAUUCGUUUGUAUGAGUUUUGUUUUCUCAUCAUCAAUCACUCUCUUGUACGCCAUUACACUAUUACAGUAACCAGUGCAGGGUACAUUCUCCAUUCUGUAUUAUCUGAUUACUUUUUUUUUU